GGAAUCAUAUAUUAACUUUUUCAUCCAUUUCGUUUUCUUCUUCUUCUCAUGCCACUCUCUCUCACUCUCUCUCCUCAGACAAAUUUCACUCCAUCAACCAUGGAAGAAGAGCAGCGAUCGCUUCUUCUAAGCACAGCCUCACGUUUCCCACUCCCACAAGGCUUCAAGCCAUCUUACGGCACAGCUGGUUUCAGAGCCGAAGCUUCUCUUCUCCCAUCCACUCUUUACAGGAUGGGGAUCUUGGGUGCUUUAAGGGCUUUAAAGACACAAUCCGUGAUUGGAAUCAUGAUCACAGCUUCUCAUAACCAGGUCUCUGAUAAUGGCGUCAAAAUCGUCGACCCAACCGGUGGGAUGCUUUCUCAGGAUUGGGAGCCUUUUGCAGAUUCACUCGCCAACGCACCUACUGCUGAUUGUCUUAUCCAACUUAUAUCGGACAAGAUCGAGCGAUGUGGUGAGAAGAAGGUUGAGGUUUUGGUUGGGAGAGAUACCAGGCCUAGUGGUCCUUCUCUGCUCGAGGCUACUAAACUUGGAAUUGGUUCGAUUAUUGGUGCUGUUGCUAUCGAUGUGGGAAUUUUGACUACUCCUCAACUACAUUGGAUGGUUCGAGCUAGUAAUUGUAGUACACGAGCAGCCGAAUUCGAUUACUUUGAGCAGCUUUCGAUGUCCUUCAGGUGCUUGAUGGAUUUGAUUCCUGGUGGAGGUGAAAGCAUUGAGGGGUUUCAUAAGUUGGUUGUUGAUGGUGCUAAUGGUGUUGGAGGUGAAAAGCUUUUGGUUUUGAAGGAAAUGUUGAACUUGAAGGGGUUGGAACUUGAGGUUCGAAACACUGGAAGUGGCGGUGGCGUGCUAAAUGAAGGUGUUGGUGCCGAUUUUGUGCAGAAAGAGAAAGUUGUUCCUUCUGGUUUUGGUUCACAGGAUGUUGGGAUAAGGUGUGCUAGUUUGGAUGGCGAUGCUGAUCGAUUUGUAUAUUUCAUAGUGCCAUCGAAAAAUAGUGAUAAGAUUGAACUUGUUGAUGGGGACAAGAUAUUAUCUUUGUUUGCUAUAUUUAUCAAGGAGCAGCUAAGCAUUCUCAUGAAGAAAACCAAUGGUGCUGGAAAUGAUUAUCAAUGUCGUAUUGGUGUUGUACAAACUGCUUAUGCAAAUGGAGCAUCCACAGAUUAUUUGAAGCAGUUAGGCCUUGAAGUUGUUCUUACACCAACAGGGGUGAAGCACCUACACGAGAAAGCUGCUCAGUAUGAUAUUGGGAUCUAUUUUGAAGCAAAUGGCCACGGAACUGUUUUGUUCUCUGAACCUUUUCUACAUUGGUUAGAGGCCAAGAAUGAUGAGCUUUCUUCUGGUGCGCAAGACCCAGAGCAAAGAAAUGCUGCUUUGAGAUUAUUAGCAGUUAGUAAGUUAAUCAACCAGGCUAUUGGGGAUGCUAUAAGUGGAAUUCUUUUAGUGGAGGCUAUAUUAAGACACAUGAAAUGGUCGAUACAUCGAUGGAGUGAGCUUUAUCAUGAUCUACCCAGUAAGCAACUUAAGGUCAAAGUCGUAGAUAGAACUGCUGUCGUUACAGCAAAUGCAGAAACUGAGGUUGUGAAACCGCCUGGCCUUCAAGAAGCCAUUAAUGCUGAAACAGCUAAAUAUUCAAAAGGCCGAUGUUUCAUACGACCAUCGGGGACAGAAGAUGUGAUACGUGUUUACGCAGAGGCUUCCACACAAGACGAAGCAAACACCCUAGCAAAUAGUGUGGCAAACCUAGCUGAUAAGUUUUUGGGCCUCGGCGGUGGUUCCAAAUCCUAAGAUUCCCAACUGUCUAUCACUAACUGAAAAAACUGACCAAUUUAAUGCAGACAGAAGUGUCUUCAUUUGACUACUUUCGAGUGUGUGAUUUAAUACUAUAUUAUUCUUUAGAGUGUGCUACUGACUUGCUCUAAAUUAUGCUAUAUAUUACUUAUCAUAGGUAUGAAAAUUUGAAUCUUGGUCAUUUGAGUAAGGGUAUACAUUACCCAUUAAAAUAUGUAUGCAACAACUUAGAGUCAUGUAACUGGAAAAGAUCCAGUUUAUGCAUUAAUGAUUUUUGUUUAGCAUUAA